UUGCCGUGGUUCAGGGGUUUUUGCGGAAGGGACCCCGAUCCAGGGGGAUCGUGAUCGUCGGGACGGCAGAUGUCAGGAUGCCGGAGCAGAGCAACGAUUACCGCGUGGUGGUGUUUGGGGCGGGCGGCGUCGGUAAAAGUUCCCUCGUGCUUCGUUUCGUGAAAGGAACGUUCCGCGAGUCCUACAUACCCACCAUCGAGGACACUUAUAGACAGGUGAUCAGCUGCAACAAGAACAUUUGCACGCUGCAAAUCACGGACACAACCGGGUCCCAUCAGUUUCCAGCGAUGCAACGGCUAUCAAUAAGCAAGGGUCACGCGUUCAUUCUAGUGUACUCUGUGUGUUCGCGGCAGAGCCUCGAGGAGCUACGACCGAUUUGGGCCAUUAUUAGGGAGCUCAAGGGACAGGACGUAUCCCAGAUACCUAUCAUGCUGGUGGGGAACAAAUGCGACGAGAGCCCGUCUGUCCGCGAGGUGUCGUUGAGCGAGGGCGCUGCGGAGGCGGCGAAUUGGGGAUGUGGUUUCCUCGAGACCUCCGCGAAAACGAACCACAACGUGAACGCGCUGUUCCGGGACCUGUUGAUGCUCGAGAAGAAUCGUUCGGUCUCGUUGCAACCGGUACAGAGCAACAACGCGAUCAGCCUGAAGGAGAAGUGCUCUGUGAUGUAA